CUCCCAAAGUGCUGGGAUUGUCUACGUCAGCCACUGUGCCUGGCUUCAGCUAUAAGAUUGAAGAUCCGUAUGGAGAUUGUUUUACUCAGCAUUUGGUGUGGUGGAUCUUACGUAAACCAUUAGAACUUCUGUUAGAGUGUUCAAGUCUUCUGAGACUCCAGAGUCACCUAAGGGAGCUGUAGGUAUGAUGGGGAGUCAGAAAAGCUUACAGUUUGGUGUGGCAGCAGAGAACAUGGAAUACCCACCCCACAUUUACUCAAGGAAUAUUUAUUGAAAGCUAAAAUGUACAAAUAUUCUGUAGGCAUUCAGAGAUCACUUAGAACUACGUCUCAAAAGGAACAGCCCUGAGUCAUCCUUGGCAAGUACUUCUGUCCCUUUACAAAUGGACAUAUAUACUGCCGAAUGGAAGGACCAUGGCAUCUCUUAGUAUUGCCAGUUUGUAAGUAGACCAGUGAGAAUAAAGAAUAUUCUUGAUAGUAUAGUGAAACCAAGGAAAUGGAAAGAAAUGAUUUGAAAUCUAGAGCCUUCCACAGUUUCAAACAUACAUAAAAAGCAUGUAUUUUCGGGAAAAAAGAAAAAGAUUGUGGUGGUGCCAUGCAGCAAGAAGCAGAGAGAUGCAGAGUUCGAGCCAGAAGGCCUGACAUGGCACUUUACGUACCAAAAGCUCGAAGGGGUGCAGUACUCCUUAAGACAGGUGAUGAAGAGGAAAGCUGUGGUUCACCUAACUCUGUGGUGAAAGAAAAGCAGAAAGAAAGUUCUCUCUCCCAAAAAGAAGUCUUUAGAGACAAACCAGAGGCUCCAAGACUAAGUGUCAAUCCUGACAGAAAGGAGCAUAACUGUAGAGAAGGAAGGAAAUCUUCAACAAAAUUAAGAAAGGAUACAUGCCUUCAAAAAACAAAUAGCAUUUGUUCUAAGAGAGGAACCACUGAAUCCAAAGAAGUAUUAUCCCAAGGACAUCAGCAGGGAGCCCCAAAUGCUGGGGUUAUACCUCAUGCAUCUUUACAGAGACAUUUUAAACCAAAGACGGGGGAGUGUUUGGAAGUUGAAACUACAGAUGGGACAGGGCAUGGGAGUAUACUUCUAUCACAGGCCUGUUCAGAAAUCAGUGAGGCUCAGUUUCCAAGCAAACCAUUCCAGAAUGUGGAAUUCUAUGACUUCGAUAGGCAUGAACCUGAUGGGGAAACGUUUGAAGACAAAGAUUUGGAAAGCAGAAUUGAAACCAAUGCCAAGGUGUUGGAGAUACUGUCUGAGUUUCCUAGAGUUUUUAGUUCUGUAAUGAAACCUGAGGAUAUGAUUGCACCAACUAAACUAAGCACUGAUUCUGGAAUUGUACAACAAGGCAUGCAAACGUCAGAUGGAAUAUUGAAGCCCAGCAGUGGAGGCAUCACUACUACUUCUGUUCCCCAAAGUCCAGAUGGUGUCUUUGAUCAAACUUGCAUAGAUUUUGAAGCUGAGAAUGUAGGUGGUAUACCCAGUAGUACAGGUUUCAUCUUAGAUCAGAAAGAUACAGAUUCCAUUUCUGAAACUAGAGGUCAUGUCUCUCAUAAAAUGAUUACAGUCAGCAAAUUAGAGAGCACGAAUGACACUGUUAGUCCAGUAGUGAUUAGAGAAUGUGAGAAGAAUGACAGCACUGCUGAUGAGUUAAAUGUGAAGCACGAACCUCCUGAUACGGUUGUCCUUGCUCAUGAAACACCUAGAGACAAUGGAUUUAAGAAUGUAGCUGACAUUACCAAUAAAGCAUGUAUGAUGGACACUACAGGUAUGUCCUGUAGUGAUCAUGUAACUGUUGACAUCCCUUAUGUAGUUGCAGUUAGAAUAGCUGAUGAGACCUCUAAUAAUAACCAGAAUUUCUCAAAGUUUAUAGGAAUGAGUGCAGAUGCAACCCCUCUUCAUGUAGCUAGAAGUGGGAAUCAUACUGAAAAUUUCAGCAACCUAACUGCUUGCUCAGAUAUUUAUGCUGAGAGUAUUUCAUCUCGUUUUACAGAGUCAACAGGAAAGUUGAUAGAGAGCUUGUCAGAUUGUGCUUCCUCCUUACCUAUAAAAAAGAUUGCUGGUAGUAAUUAUAACAGUUUUUUGGACUCUGAACUCAGUAUGUUAAAUGGGACAAAAGUACUUUCCGACAGUGCCAUGGGCAGUGAUCUGGGUAGUACUGGUGAUACAACAGAAGCAUUGCAUGAAGUAAGAACUGCUGAAAAGUUCAAAACAAAAGAGCAAGAUGACUCAGAGGGUAUAGAAUUUGGUAUAUCUACUCCUAAUAGGGAAUCAUUAUCUAUGGAAACAUCCAUCGAACCGAAAGCAACUGAAACUUCUCACACAGAGGGAAGUACUGCGACUGAGGAGAGCUGGGAGUCUAUGUUUAAUGAUGAUGGUGACUGCCUGGAUCCACGUCUUCUACAAGAGUUAUCAGGGAAUACGAAGAGCAGAGAAAGCAUCCAGGAACCUAGAUUUGAUUACUACAACCAUGAAGUUCCUGAUAUUGACCUCAGUGAUUGUGAAUUCCCACAUGUCAUUGAAAUUUAUGACUUUCCCCAAGAAUUUCGUACUGAAGACCUUCUUCGGAUUUUCUGUAGUUAUCAAAAGAAAGGAUUUGAUAUUAAAUGGGUGGAUGAUACACAUGCCCUAGGAGUAUUCUCCAGUCCAAUUACAGCUCGUGAUGCGUUGGGUAUUAAACACACCAUGGUGAAGAUUCGUCCCUUGUCACAGGCCACAAGAGCAGCCAAGGCCAAAGCUAGAGCUUAUGCUGAGUUCCUCCAGCCAGCAAAGGAACGUCCUGAGACUUCAGCAGCCCUAGCCAGAAGGUUAGUCAUCAGUGCCCUUGGGGUUCGAAGUAAGCAGAGCAAAACCGAACGAGAAGCAGAGCUCAAGAAACUGCAAGAAGCCAGAGAGAGAAAGCGGUUGGAAGCCAAGCAGCGGGAAGACGUCUGGGAAGGCAGAGAUCAAUCUGCAGUUUGAACAUCACUCAUUGAAAGGGAUAAUUUCAUGAAUCAGAAAAUGUUUCCAUAGUCUUCAGAUAAGAGGAUCUUUCCAGAGCUCCGACUACAUGCAGAUGUGCAUGUUAAAGAGAUAAAGUGAUCAAGACAAGGACUGACUGGGUAUAAGAGGAAGACAGACUCCUGUCUUCACUCCUAAAUACAGUACUUUGGAAUCACCCUACUAUGGCGGGCACAGCAGGGAGCCAUCAGCUAGGAAGAAACAUGGAAGAUGUGACUUCCGAGAGUCCCCUGGACACGGCAAGUCAUGUUAGCGUGGGUCACACAUCCAAGAUGUUGAAAGCAAAUACAAAACAGAACAGAGGAUUUAAACCUGCAAGGAUGGGUGAUUUAGGCCCUCCAAAGACAGAGCAUUCCUUAGUACCUCACAAGACAGAAUAAUACUGGAGGCAGAGUAGGGGGCGGGUAGGGAGCAGUUAGUACAAAGAGGCAGAACAGUGUCUGGUUUACUUGGCAUACACAGAAUCUACACUGCCAGUUCCAGAACUCCAGAGUUGGUGAACUAUAGCAGAUGUGGGUAUUUAGACUCCAGAAUUUAUACUGAGCUCAGUGCCUGGGCUGCUGUAGCUGCAUUGCAGCCAGGGGGCAUGCCAGCUUCAUUCCUCCGGGUAAACCAGCCUUGGGAGCUGUGUGCCAGUCCCAGUGUAAGCAGCAAUACUGUGCUGUAAGAGGGAACAUUAAAGCCCGUUUUAUGACAUGUA